AUGUCCAGCCGUUACUCCCGCCCUACCGACGAGCUCGUUGCGCUCGGCCCGCACGUCUACGACCCCUCGACGAUGACCGAGGUCGACAAGGAGUGCAUCCUGGUCGACUGCUGCGAGUACGUCGAUUGGCACUGGGCGCGUUCGCCGUUCGGUGCUGCGGCCCGCCGCGACUUGGUGGCUGGUAUCCGCCAGCAGGACAACUGGAAGUACGAGACGCCUGGCGACUGGGUGCUGUGCGCCUCCGCGGCCGCGCAGCUCAAGUACGGUACCGCGCCGCCUGCCUUUCACCUGGACCACGGGUUCCUCGACCUCAAGCAGCAGCUCGCCUUGAAGCUGUCGGUGCUGCGCGAGGAAUGGUGGGAGCGUGCUUCCGUGGCUCUCGACGAGGCCCUCCUCGCGUGUGGGGUCAAGAAGCGCUCCCCGCUAGAGGCCAAGAUUCGGGCGCUCGACGCCAUGGCCUCGCUGGAGGACUCGGCCAGCGCCUCGCGCAAUGGCCCGGCUCCGAUCGACACCGACGGCAUCUCCGGCGACGAGGCGACUACCGCGCCGGAGGAGACCGCCGCGCCGGCGUCGAACGCAGCCGCCACCGCCGAUGGUCCCGUCGUGGCGGCCGAUGACGGCGCUCAGCCUGCGGCUUGGGGCAGCGGCGUCGAGGAAUCCGCGCCUUCCGACGCGCCCGGCCUCGACUUCCUCUCCAGCGUGGCCGCGGUGACGGCGCCCAAACGCAAGGCAUCGUCGUACCCGCUCCCCGAGGCUAGGCUGCCGUCCGCGAAGAGGUUGGCUCCCGAUGCCCCUCGCCAGAAGAACCGCGUGGUGGCUGGCCACACGAUGGCCGAGGUCAUUGCCUACGCCCACGCGAGGCCCGUGACGACGCUGCUGGCGGAGGUGCGCCUGGACUGCCUGUCCCCCUGGAUAUUGGAGGCCAAGAUCUUCCUCUCCCGCGUCCAGCUGCACGUUGGUCGCCGCUGGAACGAGCUGCCCCAGCAUCGUCGGGAGCGUCCUGUGCCGUGCGACAAUUGCGUCCGCCUCGGCAUCAAGUGCUUCGAUAUGGUGGUGGCCAACCCGCUCCUGCCCAGCAAGAAGCCCGUCCUGUCCUGCACCGGCUGCUACGAGCGCCGCAAGGGCUGCGUGGCUGCCUCGGUGCUUCCCUCGGGCUGCGCAAGCUGGGAGCAGCGCGACUGCUGGGGCGAGCGCCCCCUUGACCAGCUCACGGGCGAGCAGAGGACGCUUGCCCUGCGCAACCACACCGCAGGCGCGGCGGCCGUCCGCGAGAGUGACGGCAGUGGCGUUCCGAUGCCCUUCGCUCUCGACCUGCUGGCGGCGUACUACGCCCAAGGACGUGUCGAGGACGCGAUCCUCCGUCUUGCCGACGGCCUGCCGAGGGGGCAGCUGCCGGUGCGCCUGCCGCAGGGCAUGGCGCAGGACAUUUGCGUGAGCAUCGUCGAGGAGAGCGAUGCCCAGGUGGCGGCGGCUGCAGAGCGCGAGGGUGAAAUGGUGGCGACUGAGCCGGAGGCGGGUCCCUCGAGGCCCAGGACCCGCGCAUCGCAGGUGUCGGUGGCGGAGGAGGUGGACGACGACGAGGACGACCUGUACCUGGAGGAGUAG